AUGUCUGAUUACGAAGCAUUGUUGCAUUUUAAUAAGAGAGCUGUGUCAGCAGAAAUGAUUCAAUACCUGGCGUCAAGUACAGCGUCGAUUAUACAGAUUAAGAAGUCGAAUAAUAUGAUUGAUAUUGCUCUCCCGGCUCCUCCAUUGACACAGUUUAUUCAAGGUCUGAUAUCGCACUCUAACGUUCAGACUCCAACGCUGAUGGCUACGACGGUCUAUCUGACAAAACUAAGAUCGAUAAUACCGGGAAACGUCUAUGGUAUCGAGACUACCAGGCAUAGAAUUUUCUUGGGCUGCCUGAUACUUGCGGCAAAGACUCUGAAUGACUCUUCACCGCUCAACAAGCAUUGGGCUUCCUACACAGACGGGCUGCUGCACAUAAGAGAGGUUAAUACGAUCGAGCGGGAACUGCUCGAAUACUUCGAUUGGAACGUCACAAUCACUACCAAUGAACUGAUAACAUGCCUGACACCGUUUCUGCAGCCAAUCAAGGAACAAUUCCUCAGACAGAAGCGACAGGACUAUCUGUUAUUCAAUGCCCCGGUGCAGGGACAGCUGAGAGAAUAUAUCAAUUCUACGUCGAAGGUGGGUCCCGAGUCGCACUCGCGUUCGUCCUCCAGCUUAUCACUCCCAUCGCUGGCGUCAACAGCUACUCUAUCCACGGUGGAUUCAAGAAGAUCGCGCAUGGCUUACAACCAUAUCUUUUCGAUAGAUGAGAUGGACGAAAGCAGUCCAAAUAAACUGAAGAGUACGAAAUACGCUCCUUACAAAUCUCCAGUAAGUGAUAAGGAGAACUUCGCUGUGGAUUUCGGUCGCUCUGUACCGCCUAAGUACUCAGUUGAUGUCGCCAAGACACGACCAAUAAUGCUGGACAGGACAACGAAAAGGACACCGAAGAAAGCAGUCAAGAGUUCUAACUGGCACUCGAUCUUUAGCUGA